CAGCUCGCAUAUCAAAGACCAACAGCGACUCGUAUUCCUCUCUCUCUCUCUCUCUCAUGGAAGACAAUCAUACCAUUUCCGUCAACCUGUACGGUCAAUCUCCAUCCACGGCCCGAGAACUGCCCGAGCCCGACGUCCACAUCAUCACCUCCGGCGCACUGCGCAUCCCGGCGCACGCUAGCAUCCUGGCUUCGGUGUCACCUGUAUUGGAAAAUAUUAUAGACCGGCCACGUAAGCACCGGAGCUCCGAGAAAGUCAUUUCGAUCCUCGGCGUUCCUUGCGACGCUGUCGUUGCGUUCGUUCGGUUCCUCUACUCCUCAAGGUGCACCGAGGAGGAGAUGGAGAAGUACGGGAUUCAUCUACUGGCGCUGUCUCACGUAUACGCGGUCCCACAACUGAAGCAGAGGUGGUGCACGAAGGCUUUGGGUGAACGGCUGACGAUCGGAAAUGUUGUGGAUGUGCUUCAGCUGGCGAGGAUGUGCGACGCACCGGAUCUCUACCUCAAGUGCAUGAAAUUGGUCGCCAACCAUUUCAAAGCUGUGGAGAAGACUGAAGGGUGGAGGUUCUUGCAAGAACACGACCCUUGGCUUGAGCUACAUAUCUUACAAUUCAUGGAUGAAGCAGAAUCGAGGAAAAAGAGAUCAAGAAGGCACAAGGAAGAGCAGAGGUUGUAUCUACAGCUAAGCGAGGCAAUGGAGUGUUUGGAGCACAUAUGUACGGAGGGUUGUACAAACGUAGGGCCGUAUGACACUGAACCCAUCAAGAAGGGGCCCUGUAGCAAAUUCUCCACGUGUCAAGGUCUCCAGCUCUUGAUUGGGCACUUUGCUACGUGUAAGAAGAGAGUAAACGGUGGGUGCUUAAGGUGUAAGCGGAUGUGGCAGCUUCUGAGAUUGCACUCCUCAAUCUGUGACCAGUCUGAUUCUUGCAGAGUUCCUCUUUGCAGGCAAUUCAAGUUGAGAAUGCAGCUGGACAGGAAGAAAGAUGACGCAAGGUGGAAAUUACUGGUGAGGAAGGUGGUGUCAGCCAAAGCAAUAUCUUCCCUAUCGUUGCCCAAGAGGAAAAGAGAGGAACUACAAGAGACGCACGAUCGUGGGAUUGGGAGCUUCAGAUUAUAAUUACAAAAUUAGGGCAAUUUAAGUGUGAAUGUCGAUUAUUUAAUUUAUUGUGAAAGAAAUUGUGUCAUACUCGUUGUAAAUGAAGGAGGGCUUUGCUAGUCAUGCUGUGCACCCGUUUUAGUUGUGCGAGUCCUAAAUAUGAUGAUUAUGAAAUAAUAGUUUUAAGUCGGUAUGUAUACCCUUUUCGUUUUUUCUUUUUUUUUUGAAGAAAAGUCGGUAUGUAUACCUAGAAGGUAGUAGGUGGAGUGGUUUCUUGUAAUUUAAAAUCUCGCCAUUAAUGCCUACGGAAUUGACGCUUCGUUUUGUU